AUGAGGUUUUGGUGCAUAUGCUUAACCGCGAUUGUGUCCUGCGUGGACGCAAACCCUACUGCAGCAGCGGGACUCAACAAAGUCAACGGAAGCUCCGCGGAGGAGAGCGGGAUGCUUUCUUACUUGGAACUUGCUGCAAACACUUCGGGGAAGUUGGGGAACAGGACUUCGCCGUAUUUGCUGCUGGACUUUAACGAAGCCGUGCUGGAGGACUGGCGCUCCCUGGCCAAUGGCUACGUGAAGCGCAGCGGGGAGUCGAGCGUCAAGGUGCUGCUGGUGGCUGCCUACUCCGUCAUCAUUGUUAUCUCCCUGUUCGGAAAUACCAUGGUGUGCCACGUGAUUCUCAAAAACAAGCGCUCCCAGUCGGCCACCAGCGUGUUCAUCAUGAACCUGGCCGUGGCCGAUGUUUUCAUCACUGUACUGAAUACGCCUUUUACGCUGGUACGCUUUGUGAACAGUACAUGGGUGUUUGGAAGAGCAAUGUGUCACAUCAGUCGAUUUGUACAGUAUUGCUCUCUGCACGUGUCCACUCUCACCCUCACGGCAAUUGCAAUGGACCGACGACAGUUGAUCUUACAUCCUUUAAGACCCCGCAUGUCGCCGACUCAGGGCAGUGUCUGGGUGGCUGUCAUCUGGAUAAUGGCCAGCUGCUUCUCCCUUCCACAUGCCAUCUACCAGAAACUGUUGACUUUCAGGUUCAGUCAGGAAAAGGAGCGCAGCCUGUGUGUCCCAAACUUCCCUGAGCCAUCGGACGUCUACUGGAAGUACACUGACCUCCUUACCUUCUUCCUCCUUUAUAUGCUGCCCCUUGUCAUCAUCACAGCAUCUUACACCACUGUGGCCCACCGAUUGUGGCACCACAAGGCCAUUGGCGACGCCACAACAGUUCAGCAUGCCAACCAGAGGAAGAAGCGACGCCGCACUCUGGCCAUGUUGCUGAUCGUGGUGGCCGUUUUUGCUAUCUGCUGGUUCCCACUCAAUUGUUAUGUGGUGCUUCUGUCUAGUGAGGCCAUCCACUCGUCAAAUGUUCUUUACUUCUGCUUUCACUGGCUGGCCAUGAGCUCCACCUGCUAUAAUCCUUUUAUUUACUGUUGUCUCAACCCCAUCUUCCGCCAAGAGUUACGCCAUCUUCUGAGAAUGUGCAGAAGGAGACGGAGCGUGGCGGUGGAGCUAGAGCUGGAGGAUCAACCCGCCGCCGUGUGCCCUCCGUGUCGCAGGACAGCCUGGCCCGACAAUGACGAGUCGCCAAGGCAGGGGCAGGCUUUGCCGCAGCCCAGCCAACCCCCAUCACAGAAACAGGUUCUCACAGGGCGAAGUGAUAUCCUUUCAGUUGAGCCCAUUGUGCCUGUGAGUUGAAUAAUUGCAUAUAAGAAAGUGCAAAUGGAGCCCCAUCAAUCACUUCUUCACUUAAAGGAUGACAAGAACCCACGUGGCAGUCAUUUGGAGGGGAAAAAAGCAGCAGCAUAUCAGCUGACCUUUUUCAUAAAAGACUUAAAUGAAGAGAAUGAAACAUUCUGACAAAUUAUGGAGCCUGGAACACCACGCCAAGCCUCUUAGGAGAAUAGUGUUAUUUCGCAACAUACACCAAACAACAAUAGUCAGACCUUUUCUCUCAUCUAUUUAUAUAAAUACACCUGAAUAAAUACCGGCCUUCAUAGAUUUUGACUGACACUGUGAGAGAAGAAUACUGUACAUACAGUAUUAUGGUCAGUCCGGUGGUAGGAUGUUCUUCAUCUCUGUGCUCUAAAUGAGGGGUCGGGAACCUUUUUGGCUAAGAGAGAGUCAUGAACACCACAUAUUUUUAAAUGUAAUUCCGUGAGAGCCAUGCAAUAUGUUUAAAACUAAAAAUACAAGUAAUGUGUGCAUUAUAUGUAAUUUCAACACUUUUAAAGUACAAUAAGUCUCUGAAUUCUUAUAACAUAUAAUCAGAGGGGAAAGUGGGCCAGAACGGUCAGGAACGCAGUUCCGGUAUAAGAUUCAGAGCGGGAAUGCUGUUCCGGUACACGGUGCUUUGAUUCCGAAAAUAUGACAGCAACUGUCAAAACACUAUGUAAAAAAAAAAAAAAAAUGCUAAGAUACCACACAUGCAUUUCAUCUCCAAGAAGAGAACAAUCUACCAACAUCAGAUUUACAUAUGCAGGUUUUAACAACAAGCAUAAUAAAGUGCUUGUGUAGCGUAAUCCGUUUCCACCAAUAUUUAUUAUUAAUUUUAUUCCACGGACGGCAUGGAGGUUUCCCCAGCUGCUGC